UGUUGGCAAAAUGUUUUUAUUUAACUGUUGAUAAAUUUAUCUUUACACAAUUAUUCUCUUACGUUAACCUUUUAAAUGUGAAUCAAGUUAUUCUUCGUAAGAUCUGAAUUGAACCGGUAAACAACACACACACACACACAUAAAUCUCUCACAGUCUGUUGUAAUGCGUAAAAAUGUAAUGUUAUCCACGGUGAUGACGAACAAAAGGAAAAGGUGGUCGGUUCCGAAUGUCGCAGUAACCAGUUAAGGUGCAAAUCAAACAAAAACGCCCAUUUCUUUCCGACGUGUACUUAAGUUCAAUAAAACCAAAAACCGACUACCUAAACCAGCGAAACACAUUAUUUAGCGGCAACUAAGCACGCGGCAAUAAAGUGUAAAUAUUUGCUUAGGCUACUUUGGACAGAACGAUCAUCGUUUCAGCCGACACGAUCCUCGGAUGUAGUUGCACGCCAACAAGUGAACACAUUUUAUAACAGUCGUACGCCAUCGUUGGCACAAGAUGGAUCAAUCGGAAAACAAAGAAUCGUUGGAUGAAACACUGACCAGUUCGGUUAGCUCCGAAGAUUCCGAGAGCUGGACGCUACUCGGAAAGGAAACCGAAGCUGCGAGCAAAGACAUGCCCGAGGAAACCAGUGGAGUGCAAGUCAUUGAAUCAGACGAAAGGGACGAUCAACCGACACCCGAAAAGCGGAAUGCUGAGUCUCAGCUGGACGAAUCUUCCGAUGGAAUCAGUGUAAUAAGUGAGAGCGAUGCGGCCAGUUAUGAGAAACUACAAGAUGUAGAUGAAGUCCUUGCUCCGACGGUGCAUUUUCAACAAAAGAUAGAUCUAACUACCCCGACAGAAUAUGAACCGUUAACGCCACCAUACACGCCGGAUGACGCCCGGGCACCGCGUGACGAGCUGUACGAUAACACGCUGCAAGUGCAACAAGCAGUCGCUGAUCAGUCGCUUGAACCAAUUCGAUCGGUCGUUCCGGUUACGGUUAGCGGUGCCAGUUGGGUAAUUUUUAGCGUACUGGCCACGGGCAUGGCAGCCAUUCUUCUGGGCAAUUCAAUGCGUCUGAACAGUCGAGUGAAUGAAAUCAACUUUGAGCACGAAAAACGGAUCUCCGAGCUGGAGCUCGAAAACAACAUAUUGAAACAGGAGAUGAGCAAGUUACGCCAUCUCUACACGCGCUCGGAGCUGGACGAGCAAGUUCAGCAGGCUGAAUUUGAGUGGAUGACGAAGAGCGCGGAAAACAAACCAGAUCCCGAACCGGAACCCGCCUCAGCUGUACCGUCACAACCAGUUCGAAUAGUCCCUCCGCAGGACGCAGGAAUUAAGAGGAAGGUCGUCUGGUCUGGUGAUGAAGAGGAGCCGAUGUUGAUAGUGGACAAAGAUUACGUUUUGCCGGCGUUUUGCUACAGUCAAGAUUGGGCAGUACAAGAUGAUCUGUUUUUCGAGUACAGUGCCAAGUACUGCGAUGUGAAGAAGCGAAAGAUUGAGGCAAAGCAAAAAAAGGCCGAGUUACAAGACAAACGCAACUCCAAAGGGGAAAAUUACAACAAAUUUAUCCACCCGAAACCAUCUGAACCUGAACAUCUGGCUGCUUCGGAUCCCACGAAACCAGCCUCUCCAUUCAACAUCGACUACCAAAAAGCCUUCGACGCGAUCAAGGCCGAGGGAAGUGUUAUCGUUGAAGCAUUGGGUAGCAUUUUGGAUCUUUCCCCUGAACCAGAGGAAAUUCUUUCGGUAAAAAGCGCCAUGGAAAGCCACACGCCGAACGAUAAUCUGGCUAAAGAUGGCGUAAUCUUUACACCAGAUGGGCAGCAACACAGGCCAGCGAAAGCAACAGGUAACGGAGGGCCAAAUACAGAGCAGGUGCCAUCAAAUGAUCGUAUGUAUGGGGCCAGUGCAGAGGACAAGCAGUACCGUUCGAAAGAAUUUUCCACCCAGAAAGAAGGUGGUAACGAUCGUAAAUCGGGAGCUGAAAGUGGUCGACGCGAUCAGUACGCUGAAGACUUUUCUGGCGACGCCAAGUCUAAGAACGGAGAGCAACGAACACACGGGAGAAGGGAUAGUGAGUUUGAAAGAAAACAAAAGCACGGAAAUGGUAGAUAUUCCGAAGAUGGAGAGGACUAUCGUAAAGGUAAGAAGAAUGGUCACCAGAAGCCGAGUGAAUUUAAUCGGAAGCAGCAUUCCGACGAGGAUGAGGAUGAUCACCAACGAAAGAAGUUUGAUCAACGUUACGAUAGCCAGAAAGAUAAACGACACGAUCGCGAUAAUCACGAUCAUGGUAGUGGCAAGUAUAGUCAUAGGAAGGAUAACGCCAACCGGCGCGAUCGAGACCAUCAUGAUCAAAGCAAAUACCACAAGGACAAUGACGAUCGUCGUAGAAAGGACUCGGAUGAAGGAUCCUAUUUACAGCAGUACAAGAGUGAAGAAUCGACACAUGGCAAAUCGCAAUUCAACGACGACCAUCGCCAUAAUCAGCAGAGGCACAAGAAACACGAUGAGUGGCAUGAGGAGCGUUACAAGGGUAGGGAAGAAUACCGCCGAAAUGGUGGUAAUCGGUAUGAUGAGCGAGGAUCCGGAGAACGUUGGCAAGAGCGCAUGAAAAAAGGGCGACAGGAAGCCAGGGAAGAACAGCGGAAAAAAAUGAAGGAGCAGAACAACUGGUAUUUGGAACGCGGCAAUCAACGGGAAGAAGAACGUAUCGUUCAACAACCUAAUGUAUAAAACUAUUCUAUAACCUCUUUGAAGCCAGAGUUUAAUUCGUUACUAGAGAGCUUCACUUGAAAUGUUGUACCGAGGGCUCGGUUAAACAGCUAUAGGAUGUACUGUCCAUAAUUCUCUGAAUAAACGCUU